ACAGGACAGAUGGGGUUUUUGAGUUUUUGUCGAGAGAUGCCCAGUUUGAGAAGGAGUAACUUCAAGUUCGAUUUGAUUGGCCGUAGAUUUUGAUCUCUCCGUCGUAAGCACGUCACGUCACACGCUUCUCCAUGUUCAGAUUGUAGAUUGGAGCAUUUGUUUGUUUCCUUUUUUCCUUGGCCGGAACUGGGGAUAUAUCCUUAUUUUUUAUGAGGGUAUUGAGCUGGCUUAGGUCGCCUCACUUGUGAGCUCUCAUUAUGGGACUUUUGGUAUUUCUGGGGCGGUGAUGGUAGUCAUUACUGCCAAUCUUCGUCAACUAGUGUGGUCUCACUCUUCCACCGCCAAACUCCCCCGCCUCCCUCCCCGGUAGCAGCUACCGUCGUCGAGGGCAACAUGUCCGAGUCAGAAAUGGCAGACGAAAGCCAAUGGGAUGGUGCUGAGAAAGCAGUCGAUGAUCCUGAGGAGUUGAGAGUUAUUUUCAGCUCCCUGGACUCAUACUUGCAGUAUGGCAAAGUAGCACACUUCAACUGUACGCAUCUUCGGCGGCAGUCGUUCUAUGCCCUGCCGCAGGCCCAUUGGAAGAUGCUAGCAGCGCCUCCCUUCAACUAUCUAGAGACAUUGGACAAGGUCGACGAUGCCAUUGAGUCCAAUGCCGAACUGGCAAGGCUUAUAGCCGACUUCGGCCUGCAGUCUUUUCAGGUUGGCCAGCACGAGAUCGGGCAGCGACCCUCGAUACCUCAGGCCUGGGCUGGGUGUGCGAAGCACCAGGAUGUCGACAAGGCCCGAAGCACAAUCCGCCAGUUCUACCGCGACUGGUCAGCCGAGGGAGCUGCGGAGCGAGGGGCAUGUUAUGGGCCGGUGAUGCGUGCACUUGAAGCCGAGAAGCAACAGAGCGAUCAAGGUCAGCCUCUGAAGGUUCUAGUUCCGGGUGCUGGGCUUGGCCGGCUGGUUUUCGACCUGUGUCUUCGAGGCCUCGAUACUGAAGGGAAUGAGAUCUCCUAUCACCAGCUUCUUGCCUCGUCAUACAUUCUCAAUUACUGCGAACGGGCCGGACAGCAUACUGUCUAUCCCUGGGUUCACUCAUUCUCAAACCACCAGACCCGCAAGAACCACUUGCGCGGCUAUCCAGUUCCAGACAUCCAUUGUUCCACGGAGCUCAGUAAGGUUUCCAAUCCUGGAAAGAUGAGCAUGUGCGCUGCGGACUUCCUCUGCUUAUACGGCGACGAGCAGCACAAGGAUGCAUACGAUGCUGUUGCGACCGUCUUCUUCCUCGACACGGCACCCAACCUCAUCCGCUACCUCGAAACCAUCUUCCACUGCCUCAAGCCGGGAGGCGUUUUGGUCAACAUCGGCCCCUUACUGUGGCACUUUGAGAACCAAGCACCGGGGAACCAAGAUCACGAAGGCGACGGGGAUAUGGAAAACGACACUUCGGGUAUUGCCGACCCAGGGAGCUUUGAGCUCUCCGACGACGAGGUCAUGGCAUUAUUGGAAAAGAUCGGAUUCGUGCUUGUCUCUCGGCAAACCGGAAUAGAAGCACCCUACAUACAGGAUUCGGAAUCGAUGCUGCAAACGGUGUACAGGGCGAGCUCCUGGGUGGUACGGAAACCUACCCGGUCGGCGAAUUAGAUGUACGCUGGGGAGGGGUGCGCUGCAUGGUUCUCUUUCCAGCUGGAGCUAUACGUGGCAUUGAGACAAUACCAGGAGGCAGGUAGCAUGCAUAGAAUCGUACAACUAGAGAGCCAUCGGGGGGAACAAUAAUCAAUGCUUUUUAUUAUUAUUAACCUAUAGCUUGCUCUUCCCCGGUGCCAUGAGCUCGCCCGUUGCCCACAAGGCGCCCCCAUCGAUCUCAAUCGCCGCCCCAUUGACGUGCGACCCCGCCCGGCUCGACAGGUACACCACCACGCCGGCGAUGUCCUCGGGCUGGCCCAGCCUCCCCAU